AUGGGUGUACCGGCGUUCUACAGGUGGCUCGCCGACCGGUAUCCGCUAUCAAUUGUGGAUGUAAUUGAAGAGGAACCUCAAGAGGAUUCGAAUGGAAACUCUAAACCAAUCGAUGUUUCAAAACCUAACCCGAAUGGUAUUGAGUACGAUAAUAUGUAUAUGGAUAUGAACGGGAUUAUCCAUCCCUGCUUCCAUCCUGAAGGCAAGCCUGCACCUGCUACUUAUGAUGAUGUGUUCAAGUCGAUAUUUGCUUACAUUGAUCAUUUAUUUGCUUUGGUUCGUCCAAGGAAGCUACUUUUUCUGGCAAUUGAUGGGGUUGCUCCUAGAGCUAAAAUGAAUCAGCAACGGUCUCGACGGUUUAGAGCUGCAAAAGAUGCUGCUCAAGCAGAAGCUGAAGAAGAAAGAUUGAGGAAAGAAUUUGAGGCUGAGGGGGAGCUUUUAUCUGUUAAAGAAAAGCCUGAAGCAUGUGAUUCUAAUGUUAUUACUCCUGGCACUCAAUUUAUGGGAGUUCUUUCCAUUGCGCUUCAGUAUUAUAUACAAAGAUACUUUGUGUUCUCUAAACUUAUUUAUGGGGCUGCAUUGGGUGGUUAUUUGAAGGUUAUCCUUUCUGAUGCAAAUGUUCCUGGCGAGGGAGAGCACAAAAUCAUGUCUUUUAUAAGAUUGCAACGCGACAUUCCCAGUUUCAAUCCAAACACACGCCAUUGUCUGUAUGGUCUGGAUGCAGAUUUGAUUAUGCUGUCUUUAGCCACGCAUGAGAUGGUCACAAUUCCUGGGCAACAGGAGAAAUGUUUUCUUUGUGGUCAAGCUGGUCAUCUUGCGGCUGAAUGUCGUGUUAAGCAAGGAGAUGAUGCUUUAGAUUGGAAUGUGGUGGAUGAUAGCCCAAUUCACAAGAAGAAAUAUCAGUUUCUCAAUAUCUGGGUGUUGCGAGAAUAUUUGCAAUAUGAUCUGGACAUUCCAAACCCACCAUUUGCAAUCAACUUCGAACGAGUAGUGGAUGACUUUGUGUUUAUGUGCUUUUUUGUUGGCAAUGACUUUCUUCCGCAUAUGCCAACAUUGGAAAUUAGGGAGGGUGCUAUAAACUUAUUGAUGCAUAUUUAUAGAAGGGAGUUCUCUGCAAUGGGUGGUUAUCUUACUCUUGCCGGUGAGUAUGUAAAUGAAUUGGAAUACUGCCUUGGUCUUAUUUUAUAUUGUGCAUCCAUCUUUGUUCACCUAUCACAUUAUGAUCUGGUUUUCCUGGAUAAAGUAGAACACUAUAUCCAGUCUAUUGCUGUUUAUGAGGAACAAAUCUUUCAGAAGAGGACUCGUAUACAACAGGAAGUGUUGGAUUCUAAAUUUAAGAUGUACUUGGAUAACUGGUCUAGUAAUGAGAUUCUUGCUUUGUGUGCUAGAGCUGAAGAAUUUGAGGGGAUGCCCUUUCUUUAUUGUGGGCCCGCUGAGGACAAGAUCAGCCCAUUUGAAGGCUAUUCUUUUGUUAAAUUAGGGGAGCCUGGAUACAAAGAGAGAUAUUAUGCUGAGAAAUUUGAAUUAUCAAAUCAAGAAGAGAUUGACAAAGUUAGAAAAGAUGUGGUUUUGAAGUAUGUGGAAGGUUUGUGUUGGGUCUGUCGUUAUUACUACCAAGGUGUUUGCUCUUGGCAAUGGUUUUAUCCGUACCAUUAUGCUCCAUUUGCUUCGGAUCUUAAGGAUCUGGAUGAGAUGGAAAUAACCUUUUUCAUUGGAGAGCCAUUCAAACCGUUUGAUCAACUUAUGGGGACCCUGCCAGCUGCAAGUGCUAAUGCUUUGCCAGCAGAAUACAGGAAAUUGAUGACCGAUCCAUCUUCUCCAAUUAAUAAAUUCUUUCCCUCAGAUUUUGAAAUUGACAUGAAUGGCAAGCGCUUUGCUUGGCAGGGUAUUGCCAAAUUGCCAUUCAUCGAUGAGAGGAAAUUGCUUGCCCAAACAAGGAAGCUUGAAAGCACUUUGACGGAGGAAGAGCAGGUCAGGAAUAGUGUGAUGCUUGAUUUGCUAUAUGUUCAUCCCGUUCAUCCAUUGGCUCAACAAGUAAUUUCAUACUAUCAACAUAACUAUCAUUUACCUGCACAUGAAAGAUUUGCUUGGGAAAUUGAUACAAGAGCUAGUGGUGAAAUGAAUGGUUAUCUUUUGUUAUCUGAGAGAAAUGUGUGGAGAAAUGUGGUCCCCUCUCCUAUCCGUGGAUUGCCAGCCCUAGAGUGUAACCAAGUUUUAAAUAUUACAUAUCUAAAUCCGAGGAAUCAUAGACACAUCCCAGAACUUCCCGAGGGUGUAGUCAUGCCUGAAAAGAUCGUAAAACCUAUAGAUCUUAAACCGUCCCCAACAUUAUGGCAUGAAGAUAAUGGCCGGAGGCAACAAGGCAGGGAAAGGCCACAAGUACCUCGAGCAAUAGGUGGCCCUGUCUUGGGGGAAGCAGCUCAUCGUCUUGUCAAGAACACCCUUAAUAUCAAACCAAAUGGUUCAUCCUAUAGAGUGUUUGACCAACCACAGUAUCAUAAUGUCCCAGGCAAUUAUAAUUUCAACAGAACAAGACCAGCUGGUUAUGGAAGGGGCUAUGGGGACGAUCCAAACAAUUAUUUUGCACAGUACAGUAACCAGCAAGGCCUAAUGAGUAAUUCUAGGUAUCCUUCCUCAUCAAAUGGUGUGCAAGGCAACCGACACAACUUUAGGACUCAAGACAGAGUACAGUACCAUGACUUGAGUGGUGGGGUGCCUGCUCUGACUGUAGAAGAAAGUGUCAGAAGCAGGGCACCUGCAGUGAUGUCACCUCGAAUGCCAAAUCCAGGAUACGCUCCGAACUCACACAAUCAGUUUGAUCAGAACACAGGUCCACUUCCAUCACCACCCACCAAUUGGAUCAUCAAAACAGCUGCAGGAGACAGUGGGAUGUACUUAAGACAAGAAACAAAUUCGAGGGGUCCAAAUGAGAAGCAGGCUUAUCAGGUUAGGACAAGAGUAGCUCAGGAGACAUCAGAUAUUGUAACUCCGGAAAUAUCAAAUUUAAAACAGCAAUAA